AUGCCCUCAGAACCAAAACGAAACCUCAUCGUAGUCUCCAACCGACUACCCCUCUCCAUCAAACGCAGCGAAGAUGGCUCCUACAUCACCAGCAUGUCCAGCGGCGGACUAGUCACCUCGCUGUCUGGACUGACCAAGACGACCGAAUUUCGAUGGUUCGGGUGGCCCGGCAUGGAUCCCAAGGAGCCCGAAGAGCAGGAAGAGAUCCGGCGCAGUUUGGCGUCGCAUAAUGCGAUUCCAGUGUUUCUGGAUGAGGAGUUGGCUCAGAAGCAUUAUAAUGGAUUUUCUAAUCAAAUUCUGUGGCCGAUUCUGCACUAUCAGUCUGGCGUGACGUACGAUGAAGAAUCGUGGGAAGCAUAUAAAAAAGUCAACGAAAUUUUUGCCGACUACAUAGCCGAUGCCGCGCAGGAAGAGGAUCUCAUCUGGGUACACGACUAUCAUUUGAUGCUAUUGCCAAAAUUGCUGAGAGAACGAAUGGCUCGGAAGAAACGACAAGCUUGUAUUGGGUUCUCGCUGCAUACCCCAUUUCCGCCAUCGGAGUCGUUGAAAGUGUUGCCUGUGGCAAAGGAUAUUCUGGAGGGGAUGUUGUCGAGUACGUUGAUUGGAUUUCAUACGGACGACUACAGAAAGAAUUUCACUGAGAGCUGUGAAUACCUAUUAAAUGCACGAUCCCAAGAUAGCGCAAUAUUGUACAAAGACCGCCUAGUUAAAACGGGCCGGUUCACAGUCGGCAUCGACCCGGAAAAAUUCAGCGAAACGCUCAAGCAAGAUGAAGUCCAAGCACGCAUCAAAGAUCUAGACGAGCGAUACAGGGAUAUCAAAGUGAUUGUCGGCGUUGAUCGGUUGGAUUAUAUCAAAGGCCUGACGCAUAAAUUGCAUGGAUUUGAGCAGUUUUUGACGGAUUACCCGAAAUGGCAGGGGAAAGUUGUGUUGAUCCAGGUUGCGGUGCCGAGUCGAGAGGAUGUCAAAGAGUAUCAAGAUCUUGAAACGGAGAUCAGUUGCCAGGUCGGAAAGAUCAAUGGCAAGUUUAGCAAACCGGAUUACACACCAAUCAUCUACCUACACCGCUCCAUCCCAUUUACCGAGCUCACUGCCCUAUACUCAAUUGCAGAUAUGUGUUUAUUGACGUCAAGCCGCGAUGGUAUGAACCUGGUCGCAUUCGAGUAUAUCGCCUGUCAAGAACAGCGAAAUGGGGUGCUAGCACUAUCUGAGUUUGCGGGUGCGUCUGUCUUUAUGGCUGAUGGCACGGUUCAGUUCCACCCGGCGAAUAUCAAGGAGAUGGCACAGUGUAUAGACAGAGGGCUGAGCAUGUCGAAGGAGGAGCGGAAGGAGAGGUAUGAUAAGCUUGCAAAGUUUGUGCAUACGAAUACCAGUGCGAAAUGGGGUCAAUCGUUUGUUACAGAGUUGUCGAAACGUCAUGUAUAG